GCUUCUAAACGUGUGUGCGUAAUAUUCGAUGCGUUUACACAUACAUAUGAUGAACAGGAAUUCUCAUUUUAUUCAUCAGAUGAACACAACUUUGUAACUCCAAACAAAACGCCGAUUUCAAUUGUUGAGUACUUACAGAAACAUGGAAUCGUUUAAGCAGAAUGACGGCAAUCGUGACGAGUUGAUAAUUCAACAGCAACGGGACAUUGAGAAGGAGAUCAGCGAUACCACUCCCUUGGUAAGCGAGCAGUUGCCGCUAACUUGCUUGUGGGCGGAAUACAACGGCGACGAAAUCUUCACUGCUAAGAUCCAGGACCUCUCCAAAAAGUACAAGUUCAUUCGCCGCACCCGCCCCGAUGGCAAUUGUUUCUUCAGAGCCUUCGCUUACUCGUACUUGGAGUACUUGAUCUCAAAUAGCAGUGCCUAUCAGGAGUUCCGAAAGCUGGCCGAAGAGUCCAAGGAAAAGCUCGUUCAGCUGGGAUUUCCCAGCUUUACAUUAGAGGACUUCCAUGAAACCUUUAUGGAGGUCAUCAAGCGUGUUAGUCCCGAUAAUCCCGGCGGACUCACCCAAGUUCAGAGCGAAUUGCACAAAAUCUUCAAUGAGCAGGGAUAUUCAGACUACGUGGUGGUUUACCUCCGCUUAAUUACCUCGGGAAAACUGCAGGAAGAGGCCGACUUUUACCAGAAUUUCAUAGAGGGGGACCUAACCAUUGAAACCUUCCGACACCUUGAAGUAGAACCCAUGUAUAAAGAGUCGGAUCACAUCCACAUCAUCGCACUUUGCACCGCCCUCGGGGCAGGGGUCCGUGUUGAGUACUUGGAUCGAGGAGAAGGCGGUACUGUCAAGGCCCACGACUUCCCCGAGGGAACUGAGCCCAGAAUUUACCUGAUAUAUAGACCAGGCCACUACGAUAUACUGUAUCCAAAUUAAAUUGCUCUUAAUAGAUUAUGGAACGUUUUAUGUAUAUAAGAUGUAAAAUAAAUUACCAUUUAUUUGCAUGUAAA